CUUAAACGAAACGCUGCUUUAUUUAGCACUUCUUUCCAGCUGACAGCACUCUAAGGUGUUUUCACAGCCCGGUGUUAUACCUUCACACCAUAAGUCUAAAAACAAACCCAAUGUGUGGUUUAUUCCUUUCGGGAAUUAGGGAUGUUAGUUUCCACCUGUCUUGAAUACUCAGCAAAAUACUAUCAUUGUCGUUAUUAUUAUUAUUAUCAUCAUUAAUAAUAAUUAUUACACUUCUGUUAAGAAAAGCGGGAUGGGGCAUGGCAGACGGCUGGCCCCCCGCUUUACACCGUCUUUGACCGGGUAGAGCUGAGCCGAGCCCCGCGCGAGCAGAGCCGCAGUCGUUACGGGCGCCCCAUAACGGCCAGCAGCGCAGCACCGCGCUGUGGCGCCUCGUCCCGGAGGCAGACGGGCUGUCCCCGUGUCAUGUUGCUGCUGCUCUAAAUGGUCAGGAGCAAAGCUGAGAGAGUCAUAUACUCGUCAACGGACUGGGAGUGCUGGUGACCGAGAAUGGAGAAUGUCCAAGAAGAUAAUAAUGAAAAUUCCAACACUGGAGAAGAUUCUGGGUCCAGUCAUGUGGCAGCAGAUAGUACUGGGCAAAAUCUCACUACAGAGGAUUCUGUGUCUGGCCCUGUUGCACGAGGGAAUGCUGAAGACAAAUCUGUUCACCAUGUUCAACAAGUAGUAAACUCUUCCCCUUCCGAGGAAUCUUUUAUUCCUGUAACCCGAAGAGUGUCUAGGCUUUACCGGAGCUCUGCUGGAGUUCUAUCCAUGCAAGAAAUUUUAAAAGAAAAACAGGCUCGAUACAGAGAAGCAAGAGAAAACCGAAGAACAAAAAUUGAUGCUUCAUAUAAAUACAUAUUUGAAGUUCUCAGCAUCAGGCUAGGUUUAGACUUAACUACUGUGGAAGAAUUGAUUUUGGAUGUCCCUUCGUUUGAAGAAUUUGAUUCAUUUUUUGCCAAGAGAGGAAGUAAAGCAUUGAAAAUUUUCUAUCAAGAAGGAGAUGUACCAGGAAUGGAAUGUGGUCGGACAAUUCCAGGAGUUACAAAAGGAAGUAAAAUGAUGCGAUUUUAUGUGAACAACACACCGGACAAAUUAGUAGGACUAUGCUUGUUUUUCGUUCGUCUUAAGAAUGACAAACAUAUAAAGGCAAAAAGCAUACAUGAGGAUAUAUUCUUUUGUGUUUUGGAUGCAACUGAAGGACUCUUACGUGGUGUUAAGAAUAUGUUAGAAAAGAUUUUUAUCCCAGCUAUCCUUGCAACAAACAACUGGGGUGUUUUAAGUCAGAACAAACAGGAUACAAAAGACAAACAGAAUUUUGUGGAAAGUAUUAGAAGAUAUCUUUCAUUUCUAGAAGGGACUAUAAUAAGUAUUGAAGGAACUGUUGAGUUGAAAAAAAUACAUCACAUCAAUUUUUCUAAACUCCAGUCCUUUGAGGAAGUAACAGCAGCAGCAGAUAAUCCUGAUAUGAUUCACCAGUUAGAAGAAGUACUUAUGAUCUGGCAUAGACAAAUUGAAAGAGUUCUGAUUGAGAGUCAGCAGAUGAGGAAGGAAGCUGAUAAUUCUGGUCCAUUGACUGAAUUAGAGCACUGGAAAUGUAUGUCUGCUAAAUUUAAUUCCAUUAUUGAGCAGAUCAAAGGAUCAGAUUGCCGAACUGUCAUUAAUAUUCUGAAUAUUGGACAUUCUAACUUACUAAAGAUGUGGCAAGAGCUAGAUGCCAGAAUCACAGAUGCUGCAAAUGAAUCGAAAGAUAACGUGAAAUAUUUAUGCACGCUUGAAAAAGUUUGCCAGCCUCUUUAUGACUAUGAGAUUGUGUCAAUGAGAAAUGGAAUACCAAACUUGAUAAAUGCUAUCCGAAUGAUUCACAGUGUUUCAAGAUAUUACAAUACAUCUGAAAGAAUGACAUCUUUGUUUAUAAAGGUUACAAAUCAAAUGGUUGCGACAUGUAGAGCAUACAUUACUGACGGUGGCUUGUCUCAUGUAUGGGACCAAGAGACACCAAUAAUUAUUGAAAAAAUUAAGGACUGCAUUUUCCUACUGAAAGAGUAUCAAAGAUGCUUUCAGGAAACAAAGCAAGAAAUUUUGGAAAAUUUAGGAGAAAAAUCAUUUGAAGUAUCUGAAAUGUACAUUUUUGGGAAAUCUGAAGCUUUUUGUAGGAGAUUAGAAAAAAUUACAGAGAUGAUAAAUGUAGUGCAAACCUUUCGUGCACUGAGUAUGUCUACCAUUGAAGGUAUAGAUAUUAUGGCAAUAAAAUUCAAAAAUAUCUACCAAAGUGUUCAAAAGAAACAAUACGACAUCCUUGAUCCAAGAAAAACGGAUUUUGAUGUGGAUUUUGUGGACUUCAUGGCAAAAAUUGAAGGUUUAGAGGUACAAAUACAAACAUUUAUGCGAACUUGUUUUGGAAGAAUUUUGUCUUCACAACAUGCACUCCAGUUACUUCAAAGAUUUCAGAAUCUGAGAAUGCCAUGCCUUCAAGAAGAAGUAACAUAUACAGUUGCUUGUAUUCUUCAACAUUAUGUAGCAGAACUUGAUGUUAUUAAAAAGAUUUACCAAAUUCAUAAAGAUGACCCCCCUCUUGCACGAAACAUGCCACCUGUUGCAGGAAAGAUACUGUGGGUGAGACAGCUCUUCAGGAGGAUAAAUGAGCCAAUCAGCUAUUUCCAUAAAAAUUCAAAUAUCUUGACAAGUCCAGAGGGUAAAGCAGUUGUUCGAUUAUACAACAGAGUUGCAUAUGUCUUGGUGCAAUUUGAGGUAGUCUAUCACAAUGCGUGGAUGAAGGAAAUUUCAGAAUUACAAUAUCCCUUACAAGCCACAGUGCUUGUACGUCAUCCUCAAACUGGAAAGUUCCUCGUUAAUUUUGAUCCCCAGAUUCCAGAGAUCGUUCGAGAGACCAAAUGUAUGAUAAAGUUAGGUUUGGAAGUGCCAGAGCAAGCCAAAAAGAUAGCAAAAUUAGAAAAUAACCUGAAGUCAAACAAGUUGCGUUUAGAGGGUCUUCUCCAAUAUUAUGAAGAUUUAUGUCAAGAUACACGAACCAUUUUUGUAAGUCUAAUGGCACCAAAAAUGCAAAAGAUGGAAGCUGUACUGAGGCAAGGACUUACUAUGUUGACUUGGUCAUCAGUGACACUGGAUAGUUUUCUUCAAGAAGCUGAUGAAGUUCUGUGUAUGUUUAAACAGUUUUUGAAAAAGGUAUGCUUUAAUCACUACCUGAUUGAAAUACUGUUUUAG